CUUCAUUCUUUUCUGUCUGUCAGUUCGUCGAACUUGGCGAAAUAAGUGUGAAGAAAAGCAAGAACCAGGAAGUUAAGUCAUUUCCAGCAUGGACUUUAUUAAGGUGGUGUGUGGUGAUGGAGGAAUUUGGUUCGUCCAGUGGCCAGUCAUCCGUCGCUGCGCACUGCUCAUGGACCGAAUGGAAGAUUGUGCAGUGAACAGAAGAGCGUACCCCGAAAUCGAGUUGGCACGCAUGAAAACGAGGAAAAUGCUCAAAAUCAUGAAAUGGGCUAACUACGACCACGAACAUCCGCAUGAGGAUACUGAUGAGCUCCAAACCUGGCACGCCAAUUACCUAAACAUGUCCCACGGAUCUCUGCUAAAGCUCUGGCAGGGCGCCGUCUACAUUAAAGCUCCGCGCCUCGUCCAACUCAUUGACCAGUUCGUACGCUGCAUUGUCCUGGGAACACCACUCGACACUUUGAAACCUCUCAAAAUACAGUUAAACCUGACAGCCGCUCAGCGCAAGCAGCUGAUCGAUGACGGAGCCACCGUGGAAAGCAUUAAGCAAUUCUGCGUGCAACAUGGCCCAAAUCAGCAAAGCAACGCAAACGAAGACAACGAAUCAAGUGAAUAA